AUGUCUGGGGCUUCUUCAAGGCUCAGAAAUGUCCUAGGCCACCUCUUGUCUGGACCGAAGACGGACAAUGUUCCUCACCACUUCUCCCAUCUUUCCCCCACACACUUCCUCGAGCGCGCCGCCGCCAUUGAGCCCAAUGCCGAGGCUGUAUAUCAUGUAACAGCCAGUGGUGAAGUCCUGAGGCGCUCCUACAUCGAGCUUGCUGACCGCGCGCGGGGGCUGGCCUAUUAUCUCCGCAAGAAGGGUUUCAAGCGGGUAGGCCUGCUCGCACCCAACACCCCGGCGUUUCUGGAGGCUAUAUACGGCAUUGCCGCGGCCGGCGGUGUCAUGGUGCCGGUUAACUACAGACUGAAGCCCGAAGACAUUGCGUACAUCAUGGACUUUGCCGAGGUGGAUUCCAUCAUUGCAGAUGCCGAGUAUGAGGGGCUGCUAGACAUGUAUCGGAAAACGCACCCGAGCGUGCCCGUCAUCGUUGACCUGGUGGGUUUGGGCUUUCGUGGUCAGAGCUUAAUAAUUCCUGACAAUGGUGGUAUUCGGGGCAAGCUAUGCGGUCCUUACGACGACGCAGUGCUGGAAGGGCUCAACCGUGAUCGGGAGACCGGGAGCAAGGGGUGGGCCGAUCUGGCGUCCCAAAGGGUUGCGAAUGAGGACGACCUAAUUGCCAUCCCAUUCACUUCCGGGACAACAUCAAAGCCCAAGGGCGUGAUGUAUACCCAUCGUGGGGCCUACCUAGCGGCGCUUGCAAACGUUGUAGAAUCAGGACUAAACGUUCCUGAUGGGAGGUGCAAAUACCUCUGGACGUUACCCAUGUUUCACGCUGUGGGCUGGACCUUCCCGUGGUCCGUUUGCGCCGUACGCGGGACGCACGUCUGCCUGCGCAAGGUUGACUACCCGUUGAUAUGGAAACUCCUCAAGGAACAGGGCAUAACACACUUUAACGCCGCACCGACAGUAAAUACGUUGCUGUGCGCAGCCGCCGAGGCUGAGCGCCUCCCACGCCCGGUGCGCGUCACCGUCGCCGCCAGCCCGCCGACUGCGCACCUAUUUGAGCAAAUGACGAACCUCAACCUCCUCCCUGUGCAUGUCUACGGCCUCACUGAGACGUACGGCCCCAUCACGAAGGGAUAUGUCCUCCCGGAGUGGGAUCCUUUGCCAAAGCACGAAAAGUACGCCAGGAUGGCCCGCCAGGGUUACGGAUUCGUCACCAGCUUGCCGGUACGCGUCAUCAAGCCCGACCAGUCCGAGGGCGUUCUCGUCGAUGUGGCCAAGAAUGGCAGAGAGAUUGGCGAGAUUGUCUUCUCCGGGAAUAUCUGCUGCAAGGGGUAUUUUAAGGAUGCCGAGGCGACGAGCAAACUGUUUGCCGGUGGGGUGCUACGCUCGGGAGAUCUGGCCGUCUGGCAUCCGGACGGGAGCAUCCAGAUCCAAGACCGGGCAAAGGACAUCAUCAUUUCUGGCGGGGAAAACAUAUCGUCGGUGGCGCUAGAGAGCAUGCUGGUUGAGCAUCCUGACGUGCUGGAGGCCGGGGUCGUGGCGGUCCCGGACUCGCACUGGGGCGAACGCCCCAAAGCCUAUCUGACGGUCAAGGAGGAGCGGAAGAGCCUGAGGCCAGAGGAUGUGAUUACCUGGGCCAAGCACCAGAGCUCGAUUAGUAAGUUUAUGGUGCCAAGGGAGGUUGAAAUUGUGAGGGAGUUGCCCAAGACGAGCACAGGUAAAAUCAAGAAGAAUGUGCUGAGGGAGUGGGCGAAAAAGGGAACUCCAAGGGAGGUUGUUCUGAAGUGAGGGAUUUGUGGGAGCUAUGGGGGUGAACAUGUAGCUUAAGCGUGAUGAUUGAGAGCUAGGUUUUUUGGGGUAGUCAACUUGGACAGGAGUGUCCAAAAGGUAGGAGCUUUAGGCUCCGUGUUGUGGCUAUCUCAAAUCUCAAUCAUGCGAUCACAACGCACCGAUUUGUAGGGAUUUGAUCAUGUGUUGCAUUAUUUAGAUAGGCAUCGGCCAGGUCUCGGAUAAUCACAAUAAACAAUGGCAGAACCAAUAAG